ACCGUUUGAGACUGGAUGGAUGAACCGGAUACGCCGCUAAAUCCAACAAUGUUCACUUCUUUCUCUUCCUCUCUCUCUCUCUCUCUACUUCGGAUAUUGGAUAUCUGAAUUAACUUUGUUCACCUUUCCCCCCUUUUUCUUUCUUUGUCUUUGCCUGACUGACCAGACCCUUCAACAACCUUUAACCGUUUUCACUCUCCUGCCUAAGUGCCACCGCUCGCUCGGGUUAUACCAGCCGCCUGGAUAGCCAGUUCAUGACGGCCCGAGCCGGCGAUUGGCCUUGAAGGCGCCAGCGAAUGUUGUCGUUUCGCAACGCGCAGUAGGCCGUUUGAGAGUUUUGCGCCGGUUGAAACAAUGGAUAAAUAAGCACGAGGCGGUAUGCACCAGGCAGUGCCGGGAGUGGAUGUUUCCCCUGAAUGGGCGCAGUAUCGUCCCGUCCCGUCCUUCUCGAAUGUCUUACUUGUCGGGUCUCGGCCAGUUACCUUCGGAUCUGCCCUUGGCCCCUUGUGUUCGAGAUCGGGAGCCUCGCUGGAUAUUUCAAGGGCGAACAAAAUGAGGCAACAAAGGUAAGUUUGAACGUGGUGCCAAAGUCGACGUAUAGUCUUCAAGUCGACGACUUUUUCUCCCGAUUCCUUUUGAACUGUUGGAAGAUGAGCUUCGACUCUGGCAGAGCUCCCCCUGUUCGCCCGUUGAAAAGCUCCUCCGAUGCUGCACGUCUCGCUCUCGGCAGGCAGGCACUUGUGGUGUGUUUGAUGCUAUGGUGAACCCCCGCAGGCAGAUCUGUUGCGUGGGGUUUACAUAUGUAUGCACUGUAGGGGUCCCCGUCCCUGACUAAAGUUGCUGAUGCGCGGCCUGCUAGCGUGGUCCGGCCAAGUCUGGGGCUGCUACCAUAAGUCCUUGCUAAGGCGUUUCUGGGCGAUGUCGCGGUGAAGAGGGCUUCGUUUCACACCCCUGAAGUGGCCGGGGAUGGUGAUGUCUGAGGUUGUACCUCGGCCGUUGACUGGUUGAACGAGUUCAAGCUUUCGAUAAU